UAGGUGCAAGAGGAAAGUAUCAUGGGGUUUUUGCUGCCACUCCUGCUUGCUCUGGUAGCGUCAGUCCUAGGAGGGCUCUAUCUCCUGGGAUCAUUCCGUCGAAGGCGCCCUGGAGAACCCCCCUUAGAUAAGGGACCUAUCCCUUGGCUUGGCCAUGUCCUGGAGUUUCGCCGGGACACUGCAAAGUUCCUGGAGAGAAUGAAAGUAAAACAUGGCGAUAUUUUCACAGUGCAGCUGGGUGGAUUUUACUUCACAUUCCUCAUGGAUCCCCGCUCCUUUGGUACUAUUGUAAAAGAGGCCCGCACAAAGCUGGAUUUCAACAAGUUUGCAAAGCAGCUGGUACAGAAGGUUUUUGGGUACUAUUCCAUGGAAAAGGAUCACAAGUUUCUGCAGUUGACAAGCAACAAGCACCUGAUGGGGGACGGUCUGGUGGUUAUGACCCAAGCCAUGAUGAAUAACCUGCAGAACCUGAUGUUGUACGAAGUGGGCAAAUCUGAGGACCAAAAGACCUGGAUGGAGGCUGGACUUUUCAUGUACAGUUACAACAUCGUAUUUAGGGCCGGCUACCUUGCCCUGUUCGGUAAUGAGACACCCAAAGCCUCAGGGAGCUUAACGAAAGCCAAGGAAGCUGACAGAAGACAAUCUGAAGAGCUCUUUCAGGAGUUUCGUAAGUAUGACCAACUGUUCCCCAAGUUGGCCUAUGGGGUGUUGCCGCCCAGUGAGAAGAGGGAGGCAGAGCGCCUGAAGAGGCUGUUCUGGGACAUGCUGUCAGUGCAGAAAGUGAAGACCAAGGACAAUAUAAGUGGAUGGGUGCGUGAUCAACAGCAGGUGAGGGAAGAAAAUGGGAUGCAGGAGUUCAUGCAGGACAGGUACAUGUUCUUGUUGCUGUGGGCAUCUCAGGGAAACACUGGGCCAUCCGCCUUUUGGCUGCUCCUCUACCUCAUGAAGCACCCCAAAGCCAUGAAGGCCAUCCAGGCAGAAGUGGAGGAGGUACUGAAGGAGUCCGGGCAGGAGGUGAAGCAAGGCGGCCCACUCAUCGACUUAACCAGAGACAUGCUAAUGAAGACUCCCAUCAUGGACAGCGCUGUAGAGGAGUCUCUCCGUCUAACUGCUGCCCCCGUCCUCACGAGGGCCGUGCUCCAGGAUUUGACCCUUACAAUGGCAGACGGACAGAAGUUCCAUAUCAGGGAAGGCGAUAGGGUAUCCCUCUUCCCUUACACUGCUGUUCAAAUGGAUCCAGAAGUCCACCCUGACCCACACACAUUUAAGUACGACCGCUUUCUCACAUCAGAUGGGAGUAAAAAGACAGAUUUCUACAAGGGCGGAAAGAAGCUGAAGUUUUACAACAUGCCAUGGGGAGCUGGGGUCAGCAUAUGUCCAGGUCGCUUCUUUGCCACAAAUGAGUUAAAACAAUUUGUUUUUCUCAUGCUCAUCUACUUUGAAUUUGAGCUUAAGAAUCCAGAUGAGGAAAUUCCUAAGAUUGAUACCAAACGCUGGGGCUUUGGGUCCAUGCAACCAACCAAAGAUAUUCAAUUUAAGUACAGGCUCAGGUUCUAGAAUGUGCUUGCCAAAGCUAUUAAUGUAACUUUUAAAUAUUGUAGCUUUUAAUAUGAAUGCUAACAUUGUGUUAACCUACGAGAAUGCAUAUAAUUAACAUGAAUGCUUCUACUUUUUCUAACCUCUAAUCAUAUUUACAUUUAGACAUUUAGUCAUUUAGCAGACGCUCUUAACCAGAGAAACUUACAGUAAGUAUUCCCCUGAGGUAGGGUGAAGUGCCUUGCCCAGGGACACAACGUCAUUUAGCACAGCCAGGAAAUUGAACCGGCAACCUUCUGAUUGGUAGCCCGUUUCCCUAACCAUUUCCCUAACCGCUCAGCCAUUUGACCCACUCAGCCAAUACUGAAUUUUGUUGGUACUGAAGGAUACAUUUUGUUAUAUACUGUGGAAGAUAUUUUAACAUGUUGUUUAUUCUUAUAGAAGGAACUUUUAUACAAAGCGACGCACACAUAGUACAUAUACAGUAGUAACUACAGCAACAAAAUCAACGCAGUGUCCCUGUUAACACAGAAAAACAAUUGCACUAAUGAGACUUUCUGGGAUAUGUAUGUUUUUGUUGUGCUCUCACCUACCCUACAAUUUUAUUAUUGUAAUAAAUGAGCUCCAAAUUUUAAUAAACAUGCUUCCCUUUA